CGCCAGUCCGAGCUCAACCGCCGUCCGAAGAGGACGCCUUUUCGGUCCACGAGCCGAAAGUCGAGCGUUGCCGCGCGGCGCGGUAUACUCGACAGGACGCGGAAAUAUUUCGUAAACGCGCGCGCGCUAGGACACGUGGUGAACGAUUAUUUUUCUCCUCGUCAACGCGAGUUCGCGAUUUCGGACGCUACUUUAUCGUUCAUUUUCACGCAAUAUACGCGAAUCGAACAAUAUUUAUCUAGUCUAAAAAUUAUUUAAAGAAACGAGACACGCGGAGGAAACGAAAGACAAUGAACGAAAGAGUGAGGGAAAAGGGAACAGAAAACUAGAGAAGGAAUGCGCGUCACGCUUUAUCGCUCGUAAGCUUCAUAAGUUUCGUGAGAAGACGCACAAGAGAGCUAGAAAUAAUAAAGAGGAAGAAAUAAAAAAGGGAGAGAGAUUAAAGAACAAGCGUAAGCGUGAAAUAAUACUUGUGAACAGAGAGAGCUUCGGAGCAUCUCUACGGGAGGUUCGCAGGAUCUAUUUACGUAUACUCACCCGAUAUACUUUGUGCUCUGGCGCUCUCUCGAUUCUCCCUCGACCACUCGUCAUCGCGUCUUCCCACAAGAAUCGUACACUGAUUGUAUAUAUGAUGGAUAUGAUAUCAAAUGAAUUGCUCGUCGCCAGUGGAUUGCCGAUUAACGCAUCCUAUUCUCAUUCGUCCAUUUACUCACCGCCUACAGAAGCAUCUCGAUCUAGGUCAGGUUACGAUUCUAGUAGUGGUGGAGAUUCUGACAACGAGUAUGGCAUGAUUAGUCAAAGCAAUCAAGUACAAAAUCAAGUACAAAAUCAAGUGCAAAAUCAGAUAUCCAUUUCAAGUCACGGACAAGGAAAACACAUAAAUAAAGGAAGAUGGACCAAAGAAGAAGACGCUUUAUUGAAGCAACUAGUAAGCAAUGCGGAACAACUUGGCACUAGUCUACGAUGGGACAUUAUAGCCAGUCGUUUCCCAGAUCGAAGCGAUGUUCAAUGCCAGCAGAGAUGGGCUAAAGUCGUGAAUCCGGAAUUGGUCAAGGGUCCAUGGACGAAAGAGGAGGAUGAGAAAGUGGUUGAACUCGUAGAGAAAUAUGGCCCGAAAAAAUGGACAUUGAUAGCGCGACAUCUUAAAGGCCGAAUUGGUAAACAAUGCCGGGAACGAUGGCACAAUCACUUGAAUCCGGAAAUAAAAAAAACCGCGUGGACUGAGAUUGAGGAUAAAGUAAUUGUCGAGGCUCAUCGUAAAUAUGGCAAUCAAUGGGCGAGGAUUGCCAAACUAUUGCCGGGCAGGACUGAUAAUGCGAUUAAAAAUCAUUGGAACAGCACAAUGAGAAGAAAGUAUGAAACCGAAGAAGGAAGAACUACAAUUAAAGGUAGGGGUAAGAGAAAAAAUACAGAAAAUAUCACUACCAUGAGAGAUCUAGAAGAUGGCCUUUGCGACUCAAGUCGGGUAAAAGUUGAUCCAAUUAAUAGCGAAGAUGUUUCACCACUAACAGCCAAUAGCACUUUGCAAACUAUCGAUAUUGAUCUGGAUUGGAUAAAAACUUUGGAACAACAACAUCUUGCAACGCCAGGAUAUCUAGAUACAAUGUUACUGUCAAACAGGUGUGCACGUGACAAUGAAAAACGCAUGCAGUCUCCAUCGAAGAAAGCCUCUUCUCGAACGAAAAUCGAGACAAUAUCAUCAUUCUCUAAAUAUUACAACUUAUCACAAGAAACGUCGAGGAGUUCGGAUAUAAAAUUAAUACCAAUGCCUGACUUAGAGGAGAUAUCCGAACACACAGAGAAGAAGAGCAGUCCACCUCCUAUAUUACGCAGACGCAAAAAUGCAGUGCAGAAUCUGCAGAGGAUAGAAGAUACUCCUGAUAGCGGAAAUCUAUCGGAUUACAAUAUAAUAGGCCAACAAACAUUAACGGGAAACACGACUCCUUCGACUCCUAUGAAGCCCCUUCCAUUCAGCCCCUCGCAAUUCUUGAACACUUCGCAUUUCUUGACUCUGAGUCCGGAAACAUCCUGGCCGCGCGCGAGUACUCCUAAAGGAAGCAGUCCUGGUCCACUUACGACUCCGCAACCUACCGGUUUCCGACGAAAUCAAAACGACGAUAACACACCGAGGACACCAACGCCAUUCAAAAUUGCUAUGGCCGAAGUUGAACGACGAACAGGGGCGGCACAGUUACCUGCUACUCCUAGUCGUUUGGAUGCUUUGACCGAGAUAAUCAAGCAGGAGACCGAUCGCGAGAGUCUGGCUAGCACGAGUACAAUUCUUCAGGAUUCGGGUUAUAACACAGUACGAAGACGCGGUAAAGAGAACAGUGCACCAGGAGGAAAACGAGCGCGCAAAGCCCUCUGUCAAGCUUGGGCGUCCCAGGACAAUUCCGAGAUGAGUUUUCUCGUGGAGACACCAAGUAAAAGUUUGAACGCCUCCAUGCUGUUCUCACCCGAAUCUAUGGCAUUGGAAGAUAGUUUCUUAACGGCAGGAACUAGUCCAGUAAAGACUCCUCACGACUUUUCAUCCGUACAACGGAAGCCGAAUGCCAAGAGAGCGAUCACGUUUGACGCGUUCGACAGUCCUUGUUGUAUCUUCAGCCCUCUGCCUCUUAGACCAAUAAAACGACCUAAGUUACAAUUGGAACCGCAGUGGACAACGGUGGCAUGCGGUCGCACGCGUGACCAGCUUGAGAUGACUCGUGCCGCCCGACGUUUUCUAAGCAGUCACGGAUUCCUGCCAUUACGUCCACGUUCUUUGAAUUUUUGAUUAAAAUAAAAGAAAUGAAAAAGCGAAAAAAACCACAAGUUACUCGGCUGCACUUGUGCUAUAAAAAAAAGAAACACAAAACUAGUCGUAGAGAAAGAGAUGUAAGACGUUUUCAUUCAAAGAAUCGGCUGUUAUCUCGAAUAAUCCACGUGCUAUAAAUUCAAGUUUAAUUAAGCAACUAAUUGAAUUGGUUGAACCUGAUGUGCGUGAAUUAUUAACUCUAAAGUGCGCGAGUGAAGUGGUUUUUUUCGUAAAAAAAAACGGCAGAAAUAAAUGUUUUUAUUAUUUACUUCAUACCCUCUUAGUUGUAAAUAAAAUUAUAAAAUUUAAGGAUAUGGAAGAAAAAAUAUGUAUAUUUCUCAUUUAGUGAUAAAUCUUUCAUGUCUAUGUAUCGGACAAUGAAAAGUAUAUAUCUCUUUUUUUCUCGCUUGUAUUCAAAUUUUAUAAUUUCAUUUACAGUUGUGCUAAUAGAUUUUGUUCCAUGAGAAAAUAGUCUGUGUUCUGUAUUUCAUAGUAAAGUAUAAGUAUUUUAACAUGGCAUAUAUA